AUGCUCCUGGAAUUGAACAAAUUUGAACGCUUAAUAAAAAAAAUUGGCUCAAGGAUAAAAGAAGUCAAAUAUAAUGAAGAGCUUCAUCUGAUUUUGAUAAUGGAUCAUCUUGGGCCUCAAAAACAUCACAUUUAUUGCAAUAUUUCAUCAAGAGGAAUUUUUUGUUUCAGCAGUUGAAUUCAAGAUGCAAAAUUGAAAAUGUAUUUCUUCAAAGGAUCAUCAAAAAACUAG